GGCGUCACGAUAUAAAAAUCCCGCAGUGGUCCGCUUACUUUGCCACGGCUCAGCGUCAGCGCGAGGAGAGACGCCGAAGCCACCACUGCGCGUAUUUAGAACACGUUCCGUCUUAUUUUGACGCUGCUAAUUCACUAUCCCAUCAUUGAUCUCCAGCAUGAAGGAGAGACGCCUCCCGCAGCCCUUUGUAGCGCGCUGCAAAUUAGUGCUGGUUGGAGAUGUCCAAUGCGGUAAAACGGCCAUGCUUCAAGUCCUGGCUAAGGACUGCUACCCUGAGACGUACGUACCGACCGUGUUUGAGAACUACACUGCCUCCAUGGAGCUUGACGGCCAGCGUGUUGAGCUCAGUCUUUGGGACACAUCAGGUUCCCCAUACUACAACAACGUUAGGCCCCUUUGCUACAGUGACUCAGAUGCAGUGCUUUUGUGCUUUGACAUCAGCAGACCAGACACGGUCGACAGUGCGCUGAAGAGGUGGAAAGCAGAGAUCCAGGACUUUUGCCCCUGCACUCGGAUCCUGUUAAUAGGUUGCAAGACAGACCUGCGCACAGAUGUGUGCACACGUAUGGAGCUGUCCAAUCAGAAACAGACGCCAAUCUCCCAUGAGCAGGGUUGUUCCUGGGCCAAGCAGCUUGGAGCCGAGGCAUACCUGGAAUGCUCUGCCUUCACAUCAGAGAAGAGCAUCCACAGUGUUUUUCGUGCGGCGGCCUUGGCGUGCAUGAACAAACUCCAGCCGACCAACAAGCCCAGUCCGGUUCGCCGUCUCUCCAAGAGACUCCUACACCUGCCCAGUAAGACAGAGAUCAUUUCCUCCACCUUCAACAAGGAGAAGUCAAAGAGCUGCACCAUCAUGUGAACCCAGAGUGGAUGCACACAAGGACAAGUGACCUGCUGAUGGUACAGCGCAGUGAUGUGGGUUUCCAAUAGACUAGACACUUCACCCCCAAAAGCCCCGUCACUUGUCCCUAUAUACACUGAUCAUUUGCUGCUGAGACAGAUCACUAAGCCCGAAUUCCUUGCAAGGUUGCCGUAAGAGAGGUCUUCCAAGAUCUAAGUGGAUAGGGUGAAUGCUGCAUUUAAACACAUUACCUUAAUUAUCACCCAUUUGGAAUUUUAAUAGCAGCGCCAUAGCAAUCCAUCAGUCUGGAUGGCAGCGACAUCAACUCAUCAGACACUUUAUUCGGUACACCUGCACCAUCCAGUGAGUAUGUAGCAAAAAUGUGAGGUAUUGAUGCAGAUUGGUUACCUUACAGUAGCUCUCUCCUUGCAUGCCUGGACGUGUGUGAUCUGGUUUUGUUGCAGAGUAUAAAUUGAAUUUCCCCUUGCAGGACGACAAUGUGCAUCAUUUAAGAAAUAAUAAGUCAACACCUUUUUAGAACGGAUAUUUCCCCCAAAACUAUCACGAUUAACGAUAUUGUCGCUGGAGUUGGGUUUUUUUGUACUGCUGAUUAUUAAGACAGAGCAUCUUAAAUCAAUCGAGUAUCUUUUGUAAGAGCAAAUG